AUGGAUUAUUUUACAAAAUGGCCAGAGGUAUAUCCGAUUGCGAACCAAGAAGCAGAAACAAUUGCGAAGGUGUUGGUUGAACAGUUCGUGUGUAGAUUUGGUGUUCCUUUGCAAAUCCACUCUGAUCAGGGACGAAACUUUUGUUCAAAAGUAUUUAACGAAAUGUGCACUUUACUGGGAGUGAAGAAAACUCAAACGACGCCCUAUCACCCACAGUCGGAUGGAAUGGUUGAACGCUAUAACCGUACCCUUGAAGCACAACUUUCCAUGUUUGUCGAAACGCAUCAGAAAGAUUGGGAUCUAUAUAUUCCGUAUUUACUAAUGGCAUACCGGACCGCGGUGCAUGAGUCGACGAAGUGCACACCGGCAAAACUGAUGAUGGGACAUGAGAUACGACUACCGAUUGAUCUGGUAUUCGGUAAACCGGAACCCGAAUAUUAUAACGAGGGAAUUACAAAAUAUGGAACAAAGUUAGCCGAGAAUAUUGAACAAGCUCAUGAAUUUGGAAGAGAA